AUGCGUGUCUUCGCGCUUCUCGUGGCUUUUGCAGUCUCUGCACUGUCUCUCACAAUUACCUCUCCCUCCGCCAACGACAAAGUCGACUUCAGCAAGCCCUACACUAUCAAAUGGACAACCGUCCCCUCCGACCCGCAAAACUUCACCAUCACCCUGGUCAACGCAAAUGGCCGCAACGUCAGCAAGGACCUCACCACCCGCGCCGAGUCCGACAAGAACGAGUACCGCGUUGAGCGUGUCUGGGACAUCCCUGUUGCAAACAACUACCAAAUCAACUUCCGCUCCACAGCCCGCGAGAACAUGGGCAUCCUCGCCCAAUCGCCCAUGUUCAACGUCACGCGUGUUGCAGAUGGGCCGGAGGAGACUCAAACAUCUACUGCCACUGCCACCGCGACAGAGUCCGAAUCUACCCCGACGGAGACAAAUGCCGCUGGAAAGGUCGUUUACGGUGCUCCUGGUGCUGUAGCUGGCGUCAUGGGGCUGCUCGCUUUAGCUUUGUAG